UUUGAGGUUCAAUUGACAGUUCUAUUGCAUUUUGUCAAACAUAUUCCGCGUUUUAACAAAUUGCAUGAUUUUAUUUCGAAGCUUAAAGGAAGAAGCAACCAUAAACUGUUGUUAGUUCCUGCGAGAAACACAACAUGACAUUGAAGCACAUUGUCAGAAACGGGUUCUCGAUGCGAAAGACAAUAUAAUAUUUGUGUGAAUCAUUUGCAGUGUCCAACCAUACACUUCCUCGAGGACCACAUUGCAGGGAAAAAAGUAACCAAAAAUGCUGCUGGACUUUAUUGCUGGUCUUUUUGGAGGUGCCGCGGGAGUACUUGUUGGUCAUCCUUUCGACACGGUAAAAGUCCACUUGCAAACUGAUGAUCCGAAGAACCCGAAAUAUCGAGGAACAUUUCAUUGCUUGAAAUCCAUAUUAUUAUCAGAUAAUAUUCGUGGAUUAUAUCGUGGAAUUACCAGCCCAAUGAUGGGAAUUGGUUUAGUAAACGCAAUUGUCUUUGGUGUUUAUGGAAAUAUCCAGCGCUUAUCAGAUAAUCCAAACUCAUUGAUUUCUCACUUUUGGGCUGGGGCUGCUGGAGGUAUUGCACAGAGUGUCAUUUGUUCACCAAUGGAGUUGGCAAAAACACGACUCCAACUGUCGACACAAAUCGAUAGUUCACAUAAGUUUAAAGGACCCAUCGAUUGUCUGUUAUAUAUACAUCGAACGGAAGGUAUUCGAGGCUGUUUUCGAGGAUUUACAGCAACAGUUCUUCGAGAUAUUCCAGGUUUCUCUAGUUACUUUGUUUCCUACGAAUUUUUAAUGCAACUUAAGGAAAGGCCGAGCGUUCCUUACACGCUUGUUUCAGGAGGUUUAGCUGGAAUUGCUUCUUGGUUAGCCUGUUAUCCCAUGGAUGUCAUCAAAACGCAUUUGCAAGCGGAUGCUCUUGGAAAAAAUUCCAAAUAUAAUGGAUUUAUCGAUUGCGCUGUAAAAAGUUAUGAAAGGGAGGGACUCUAUUUCUUCUUUCGUGGAUUGAAUUCAACGUUAAUUCGCGCGUUUCCAAUGAAUGCGGCUUGUUUUUUCGUUGUUUCGUGGACAUUAGAUUUUUGUAAGCGAAAUGGAUUAGAUGUGGUUGUCAAUUCAAAUCAAUCGUUAAACAUUGUGAAUUUGGAAAACUGGAGUCCAGCUUAUUUAGAAAACGACAUCGAAUCAGACGAUAAAUUGGUGCGCAAAUUAAUUUCAAAUAAUGUAGCGGAGUCACCAUUAUUGCGAGAAUCUCAAUAUGAAAGAUUGAAUGACACUGUUGGUGAUUAUUACCAUUGUGACCACAUUUAUGAUAGUAAGUCUAGUAAAAUCCAAGGUUCACAGUUAAGUAAUAAUGAUUCUAAGCGAUCAUAAUUCUUGUACAUACUUGAAAUAAAAUUGUAAUAUAUUUCCAUAACA